CUAUCGAUCCCUCCCCCCCCCCUCCCCCGUCCGAUUCAACACCGCCAAAGUGUCUUCCCUACUCGCCCCCCGUGCCAUCUCCUUCCCCCCGGAGGUCGACGCUGCGUCGCGCCGGUUGGCUCCGGACUCCAGCAUGGCUCAAAGCAAGGCUGGUCGGAGGAGACGCUCCAGCAGCAUCAUCUACCAGGAACCUGCCGAAUCCAUUGAACACACCAGCGACCAGGCGGCUUUGCCCAAUCUGAAUGCGAACUGGGUCAACGCCAAGGGAGCCUGGACCAUCCAUUUCGUGCUCAUCGUGGCCCUCAAGAUCCUCUACGACAUCAUCCCCGGUCUCUCGCAGGAGACCUCCUGGACCCUCACCAACAUCAGCUACAUGUUCGGCUCGUUCCUCAUGUUCCACUGGGUGCGGGGCAUUCCCUUUGAGUUCAACGCCGGCGCGUACGACAACCUCAACAUGUGGGAACAGAUCGACAACGGCGACCAGUACACGCCCACCAAGAAGUUCCUCCUCUGCGUGCCCAUCUGCCUCUUCCUCCUCAGCACGCAUUAUACCCACUACGACCUGACGUAUUUCACCAUCAACUUCCUCGCGACCCUGGGCGUGGUGAUCCCGAAAUUGCCGUUUUCGCACCGUCUGCGAAUAGGUUUCUUCUCAGAUAUACCAGAGGAGUAGCCGCUCUUUCCUCUCUCUCUCCCUCUCUCUCUCUCUAUCUCUCCCUCCUUUUUUGGCCUGUCUCAUUUACUUGCUCUUAUUCCCUUAUCUUACACUCUGUGUUUCGCGUCCUCUACACUACUUAUCGUUCUUGAUAAUAUUCUCCGCUUGGCGUUGUCUCAUUCCCCACCCCCCGUCUCGCUUCU